GCGGUCGGCCAGCACAAUAGUGCUCUUGUGUCGUGGAGAGAGGGUGAUUGCUGCUUAUGGGAUAUUGACAGUGGGACAGAAAAGAAAAAAAUAAGGAAAAUACUUUUGCUCUGUUUAUUUCACCGUUGCUGAUUUGAAGACAGCCUUGCGAAGCCCAUUGCGUUGUGUGAUCGUCCGGUAACAGCGGAUUUUUUGGAUACGAGGCAUGAGCAGGCAGCAGAAGAAGCACGGCAGAUGAAUACAGUAGCAUGCGCUUUAAAUUUAUGGAUACGUCAGGAUGAAACGACUCAGGGCUUCAAGCAGCAGUGACAGUUCAGACAAUGAGAGUCCCUCAACGUCCUUCUCAUCUAACAAGUAUGGGAGCAAACCGGGCACCCCCGCCUCUGCUCAGAAGAAACCGGCAGAGGUGUUCAGAAAAGACCUGAUCAGUGCCAUGAAGCUGCCAGACUCUCAUCAUGUGUCUCCAGAGGAUUAUUACCUGCUGGCUGACACCUGGAAGCAGGAAUGGGAAAAAGGCGUGCAGGUGACCGCCAGUCCGGAUACCAUCCCUCAAUCGUCUGUGAGAGUAAUAACAGAGAAGCCAAAGGAAAUCCUUUUCACCAAACCAAGGAAGUAUAUUCAGUGCUGGAGUCAGGACUCUACGGAGACGGGCUACGUCAACAUCAAGGAGCUGGCAGAGGCUAUGUGCAAAUACGAUCUUGAUGAUAUGGAUCUAUACUGGCUCCAGCAGCUCAAUGCAGAACUUGGGCAGAUGGGUGAUGGGCCGGUGGAUGAGUUGACAGUGGAGCGGGUGAUGGAGGCCCUGGAGAGGCAGUGCCAUGAUAACAUGAACCACGCCAUUGAGACAGAGGAGGGCUUGGGAAUAGAGUACGAUGAGGAUGUUAUAUGUGAUGUGUGUCGCUCGCCUGACAGCGAGGAAGGCAAUGACAUGGUCUUCUGUGACAAAUGCAACAUUUGUGUACACCAGGCUUGCUAUGGCAUUGUAAAAGUGCCAGUUGGAAACUGGCUGUGCAGGACAUGUGUGCUUGGCAUCACUCCUCAGUGCCUUCUGUGUCCCAAAAGAGGGGGUGCCAUGAAGGCCACCAGGGCGGGCACCAAAUGGGCUCAUGUGAGCUGUGCACUCUGGAUACCUGAAGUGAGCAUCGCAUGUCCAGAAAGGAUGGAACCCAUCACCAAAGUGUCACACAUUCCACCCAGUCGCUGGUCACUCAUCUGUAGUGUCUGUAAAAUCAAGACAGGAGCCUGCAUUCAGUGCUCGGUUAAAAACUGCACCAUCCCUUUCCACGUCACUUGCGCUUUCGAGCACAAUCUGGAGAUGAAGACCAUCCUGGAUGAAGGUGACGAAGUCAAGUUUAAAUCCUACUGCCUGAAGCACAGCAAACCCAAAGCCGGAGAACCGGGCUUGAGUCCGGCCCGACACAAACCCCCAACCGAGACUGAGAAACUGGGCCUGAGGGCUCAGAAGCUCCAAGAGCUAGAGGAGGAGUUUUACACGCUUGCGCAUCCUGAAGAAGUGGCCCAGGAUCUGGGGCUCCCUCUUCACCUUCUGGACUUCAUCUUUCAGUACUGGAAGCUGAAGAGGAAAAGCAACUUCAACAAGGCUUUGCUGCCACCUAAAGACGAUAAUGAAAAUCUUCUGCUGCAGCCGCAGGAGGACAGCAUCCACACACGCAUGCGCAUGUUCAUGCAUCUGCGCCAGGACCUGGAGCGGGUGAGGAACUUGUGCUACAUGGUGAGUCGAAGAGAAAAACUGAAGUUGUCUCAAAGUAAAGCUCAGGAGCAGAUCUUCAAUCUUCACGUCAAGCUCAUCAACCAAGAGUUGUCUGCAGGGCUUCCAGUUUCUGGUUGUUUAGAGAACCUCUUAAUCCACCCUCCUCCCAGGUUAACCUUAAAACUCAAAAUGCCCAAAGUGUCGCUUGGAAAUGGCAAAACCAGCACCAAAUCUGGCAACGGACCUUUGUGCCCAGAUAACAGUGGUAAUGUGUAUGACCUCAGUGAUGGAGGCAUCGGUCAGGGAAAGCCUCAGCUCCAUCAAGGUCGGGCCCGGACGGAGGAGCGCGUUAACGGUCUCAUCCCUAAUUCCAUCUACAUUCGAAGAGACGGCGGCACUCCCCCCUUGGCCGUGAAGCAAACGGGCAAACCCCUGGCGCUGCACGCGGCCCUCCACGGUCAGGCAUCCAAUGAGAAAGCUAAACCCGAACAGGAGAAAUCCCGUCAACCGAAAUCCAAUGGCAUUAUUGAGAAGCCUGUACGUCAAAGAGACAGUUCCUGCCAGGUGGCCACCGAACAGGAAACGGGUACUGACAUUCCAGAGAAAGUUCAAGCAGGUGGCUUCCACAAAACCGCCCUGGAGCACUUCAGUAGAUCCUUAAAAGAGGCCACUGUCAGUUUAGUACGGACUGAGGACCUCCGGGCUUUCGAAAAGAACGCACGCAAGUCCUCCGGCUUCACCAAACCUGUUUCGGGUGAGCGGCCACUAGGGGGCAGCAGAGCGUACCAGGAGACCGAUGGUUACUGCCCAGACGCAGAGCUCAGUGACUCUGAGCCCGAGGCUAAGAGACGGUCCCGGCAGGGAGGGCGAGUGCAAAACCAGAGGAGUCCUGCUGGGGAUUACGUCAAAUCAUCCGGACGAACAAAACUGUCGUUUGGCUCUAGGACAUCAGUGCAAAGGUGACAAUCUUCAAAAGCAAAAGCUCAAACCCACUGCCACAAAUUACCGUAAAUACUCCGGUAAUCAGAACUGUCGGACUCGCCCUCUGGAAAAUAGGUCUCCUCUGUUGAGGAUCAGGCGGUAGUCACUGGAAAGAGGCGUUACAGAACCAGACCUCAGCCUUCCUGUGUGAGCCGUGUAGAAUCACUUCUCACUGAAAAGAAGUGCCAAACAAUUCUCUCUGGUCGAUUGGCACAGACUCGUGUGUUUUCACGAUGGGUCUGUCUUUUUUCAUAAUGGGUAUCACUGCUGCCAAACCAUAGUGUAUCGGUAAAGAACACCAUAUAAACUUGGUCUUGUACUGUAGGUUUUAUGUAAUACAUAAUGACUUAAAAAAAUAAUGAACCUCAGUUUUUAGACUGUACAUAGUAGUUUGUGUUAAGAUGUGGAAUCUGUUGAGAUGAUUUCCACGCGAUGAAACCUACUUUCUUACCGAUAUGGUUAUGCAAAUAAAUAAAGACUUAAGAACUCUGGGACAAAUGUUUGUUCUGAGUAUCUGAGUUUGGCUGUCAAUUCAUUUGUCUAUUUUAUCUCCCUUUCUGCCGUUUUCUCUCGUUUUUUGCUUUGUUGCAUUGCCAGUUUUUAAUGUGAGGAUUAGUCAUCUUUGCUGCUUUUUUACAGAAAGUGUUUCAAUUCAAUUUUCACUUUAUUUUUGGAAUUUCUUCCAAAACUUCUCUCACGUCCCACAGCGUUUACUGUCUUACAAUAAUUCGCAUCAAUGUAAAAAAGACACCACAAUACCUACACAUACACGUCCAACUGCAAUUUCCAUUUCCUAAAUCGUAAGGUCUACUUAGAUCCCCAAUUCUGAUUUAUUCAUUUUAUUGACUGAUAAACAAAGGAUUUCCGUAGUCUUUUCAUUCUCAGCAUGUGAUACUCAAAGUCUUCUAUUUGAUGGCAGGGACAGGGACAACAUUUUUUAUUUGAAAAUGUUUAUCUGCAGUCUGGGGCAGUUUAAAAUAUUUAAUCGCUAUUAAUUUGAUGAUUUUGUAAUUAAUGCAUUUAUGUCAGAGAAAACAGCAUUCUUAAAAUAAAUGUUAAGAUUUGGUGGAUGAUGCGGUAACACUUUACAAUAAGGUGCUAUUAGUUAACAUAGUAAAUGCAUUAGCUAACAAUAAAUAAUUUAGUUUUUCAGCAUUUAUUAAUUCUUUUUAAUGUUAUAGUUCAUGUUAAUACAAUUAUUAAAGAUAGUUCAGGGUGCAUUAACUAAUGUUAAACGGUGACAACAUUUGAUUUAAAAAAAUUAUUAAAUGCUGAAAUUAACAGGAAUUAUUAUUAAUAAAUGCUAUAGAAGUAUUGUUCAUUAUGUUAGCUAAUGCAUAAACUAAUUGUUAACAAAUAGCACCUUAUUGUAAAGUGUUAGCCAUGAUGCUAGCUUAAAUUUAUGCAGCAAGUUCACAAAAACAUAUUAGGCUACUCAAACGACAAAUAUGUGGAAAUGCUAAAUAUAAUGAUACCCUUUUUAAACAUUAAUUUACAGAGGCAGUCAUCCAUCGCCAUAUGUUAAUAUUAUCAACAAAACGUUAUUUGUUGAGCUUUGAUAAUAAAUACAAUUUCACCAUAAAGAUGACUGCUUUGUUUAAAUACCCUGUCAGGGUUUCAUUUAUUAAUAAAUGACUUGUUAAUUGUAUCAUUUGUCAGUAAUCCGGUGCUGUAUGAUGUGCAUUCGCACGCAUACAGAACGAAUCACAUCAGAUUGAAUAAACGCAUAAACAAUGUUAUUUGAUCACAGGCAUCAAAGCUUUUAUUAUGACAGCCCAGAGUUUUAAAGAGAAAGUGGCAGUCUAAUUUCUUUACUUGGAAUUCUAUUAUUUUAAUAAUCAGUGUGCGUUUUACUCCAAUCCAUUUUUAUGUCUUUUGGCAGCACAAGAAAUGGUCUGUUAAUUGGACCUGUAAUGAAGUGAA